AUGGCCGACUCUGAUCGCAAAAUCCACGAUUCCCAAACCCUUGUAGACGACAACCUCCUCACUGCUAAAGCUUUUACGGCCGCUGGUGUCACGCACAUGUUUGGCGUUCUCGGCAUUCCUGUCACCUCAUUUGCUAGUCGUGCUGUGUCAAUCGGCAUUCUCUUCCUCGCCUUCCACAACGAGCAGUCGGCGGGCUAUGCUGCCUCCGCCUACGACUAUCUUACCGGCAAGCCCGACCUUCUUCUCAUUGUCUCUAGCCCUAGCUGUGUCCAUGGCCUGGUUGGGCUCUCCAACGCCGCCGCCAACACUUGGCCUAUGGUGAUGAUUUCUGGCUCCUGCGAUCAGGCUGACUUCGAUCGCGGCGACUUCCAAGAGCUUGAUCAGGUGGCCGCCGUCGAGCCUUUCUCCAAGUUCUCUGCAAAAGCCACUGAUAUUUCCCAAAUACCUAAGAGCGUUUUUAAAGUCCUGGAUCAAGCUCUUUCUGGUCGGCCCGAUGGUUGUUACUUUGAUCUUCCAACGGAUGUUCUCCACCAAACUGUUUCUCAAUCCGAGGCCAAGAGUCUGUUGGCUGCUGUUGAAAAUUCUAGGACAAAGCCACAAUCUCCAUCUGUUGAGCCUUCCCUGAUCGAGAAGGCAGUUUCUCUGCUCAGACAAGCCAAAAGGCCUCUCAUUGUGUUCAGAAAAGAGGUUGCAUUUGCACGUGUUGAGAAUUCGAUAAAAACGCUGGUGGAGAGCACUGGGAUUCCAUUUUUGCCAACUCCAAUGGGGAAGGGACUAUUUCCGGAUAUGCACGAACUCGACAGGUGCGUGGUCGCUUUGUAUUGGUAA